UCAUUCGUGAAUCCACUACACAGCUGAUCGUACUUAGUUCUCCGCGGCCAUCACAGAUGGCUACUCGAGAUUUCCCGAGGUCGUGGCUUCGGACCCGCGCUUUCCUCAUUAUUGUUCUCAGGUCACAGGUGAAUCGAAGAAAAUAGUAUGAAAAGUCAAAAAACUUCGUUGUGUGGUUUAGUAAAGCUUGCAUCACAUCUUGCGUCGCUCCCGGCACCAUUUGAUUUCGGAAAAGAACGAAGAUGUUGAAUCAAGCAGUUGUCGAGGCGUUGUAUUCUGCAACAUACAUCGAAAAUUACUUGGAUUGUGUUGAGAAUCUUCCGAAUGAUCUCCAAAGGCACGUCUCGCGGCUACGCGAAUUGGAUGCUACCUGUCAAACAUAUUUGCGGGAGGUAGAUCAACAUCAAGAAACUUUAAAAAAUGACUCCGAUGUGGCUGUACGACAACGAGCUUUACUCAGGAUACAGCAAGCUUUAAUCGCGGCUCAAGAAAUUGGUGAUGAGAAAUUACAAAUUGUACAACAGGUUCAGGAUCUCAUAGAAAACAAGUCACGACAGUUAGACUUGGAUUAUCGUAACUUAGAUUUUGGAAAGGUGCAGGAAUGCACAGAGUCUACGAGAGAAUCUAAUUCAAAUGUCAGUUCUAAUACAACCGGUAACUCGAAUACAGCAGAACGUCAACCAAAACGAGCACGUCGGACACGAACCGAGACUUUGGUAGAGUCAGCACAUGCGAUGGAUAUGAUCGUGAUGACGGAAACACGAUCAGCAGCAUUAUCGAAUUCCAACAAUGGUAAUCAGAAGAAAAAUACUGCUGCAAAUACAGGGAAAAAGAAGAAAAGGAAAUCUCGUCAAGGGACUCAACAAAAUCAACAUCGCGAAGAUACUCCACCACCUCCAGAAGAUGAUUUGGCAAUAGAUCCUGAUGAACCAACUUACUGUCUCUGUGAUCAAAUAUCAUAUGGGGAGAUGAUUUUAUGCGAUAAUGACUUGUGUCCAAUUGAAUGGUUCCAUUUUUCAUGUGUAUCAUUAAGUACUAAGCCUAAAGGAAAGUGGUUUUGCCCAAAGUGUCGUGGGGACAGGCCAAACGUUAUGAAACCAAAGGCUCAGUUUCUCAAAGAACUUGAAAGAUAUAAUAAAGAGAAGGAAGAAAAGUCAUAGCACGAAGCUUUUGGCUAAAGAGCUUAAAUAGUUUUCAAAAAUUACAAUUAGAUUGUAUCUAAACAUUUAAUCAAAUGAAACAAAUCUAAUUUGCUAGGAAGAAAUUGACAUGAAAAAUAUGUAUCUAUAAUUAAGUUUGAUGGGACACAAAACUAGUAGAGCAUCGACAGAAAUGCCUCAAUCAAUUUCCAAGCACCGAAUGCUGCUUCGCGACCCAAAACAGAUAUCUGGUAUUUAUUCUAAGAUCUGCAGUAUUACAAAUACUAUAAAUAUAGAUUAUUGAACAGUUGAUCCCUACUGUUACAAAUCUUAAUGUGAUUGUACAAAGCGAUGCAUUUGGGUAUAUCAUAGGCACAAGCUCGAUAUUAAGCUACAAGUUUAGUGUCUUUUUAUAUGAAAAAGCCUGACAUUGCGAUUUGCGUGACUGUAAAAUAACAUUGUAAUCAAUUUCAUAUGUCUAUACUAGAACUAGUUAAGAACUUAUACACACGUGUCCAUAUUAACCCUGAUUUGUAAAUAUUAAACGUAUUGUAGUCGUCACUACUUAACAAUUUUGGUAGUAAAACACCGCAUAAAUUAAAUCUUACCAUGCCUCGACUUCAUUUACUUAUGUAAAUCUAGUUGCCUUCAAAUGAAGUUCUUUUCUUUUUUUAUUAACAUUAAUCAUGCUUGUACCAAAUGCCAAUAUUGCAUAUAAGGUGUGUUUUAUUAACAUUUCACAUGCGCUUUUGGCUAUUGAACACUUUAAAAAAGACAUAUAACACAGAAAAACUAAGGAAUGCAAACAAUUUAUAAAUGCUUACGAUCUUCCUUGUUUUAUAAUCAAAAAUUGGAUAUUUCCCAUUCAUUGCAAGUAAAGAAGAAAUCUACGAUACUAAUUUAUGUCUAAGUGUACCACUGACAUGCUAUGUUAUUACGCACUAACAAUCUAGCUAGUUCAAACUGACAUACCAUGUCUCGCUUUUAUUCACACAUUAUAGUGUGACAGAAAAUGAAGUGUAAAUGGGAUUACAUCCUAUAAAAUAUAGAAUAAACAUAUACCAACAUUGCCUUGACAAAAUCGGGUGAGCAACGAACAUCGUCAAAAGAAACGAGUAGCUCUUUCUAGUAUAUUGUUUAUCCUGUACUGCAUAUUUCUACAAUUAUUGCAUUGAAUUACAAUGGCUUACCACAUUUAAAAUUGCAUGUAAAUUUCAUAUUAUUUAGAACUGCAAAUUUGUUCAAUAGUUGUAAUGCGAUAAGAUCUAAUAAAAUUCAUGAUAAGCUCUACAUCACUUAAUUUUGUCAAAGGCCAUGACUUAUUAAUGCGCAUCAACAUCAAAAUAGAUAUUUUGUAUAUUGUUUAUUGUGUCACGUAGAGAUUCGCAAUAUGUACAAUGAAGAAAACAAAGUAGAAGAAUAUCUGAUAAAAAGGACGUGUACAAAUGGACAAAACAAUUCUUUUAUCCAUUUGUAUCAUUGAUUUAUUAUUAACCUAUCAUUAGAAAGUAAAGACAAUGACGUAGUCAUCGUGUGCAAUAGCUUCAAUCCAAUUCGAAUUCGCACCUUUAUAUUACAUUUGUAUACCACCUGUACCUUAUGGAUUUCGAUUUUUGCUAAUCCACUCGUUACAAAGAUAUAUCAAACGUAGUAGUUUCUAAACAUUGUAUAUACAUCCGACUCUUAUAAAAUAAUUAAAAUAUUUGGCGGUCUUAACAGUAAUGAGUAAAUGGAAUAAUUAUGAUAUUGGUACAAAGUGCCUUGCUUGUAUAAUUCAUACUUAUUUAUAUAAAGUAUUGUACGUGAAAAUGCAAAAUCAAAAUGAUCAGUAACUAACCUGAUGAUCAUUAAAGUAUCUUUAUUUUUAUCUUAAUGGGCGAACUUUUCUUCUGUUCACCUUCAUACAUUCUUUUGCACUUACUUUCGUACAUAUUCCAGACUUAUAUAUAGGCAUUUCAUAGAUGUCUAACAGCAAGAAACAUUUUUUCCGAACAGGUUUUUUGAAAGAACAAAGUAAAAAUAUUACGUUGCUGUUAUAAAAUUCUAUGAAUAACAUCAAUGUCUACUUUUCAAGAUUUUGGAUGCAUCGUUCAUUAUUUUAAUUGGAAUAUUGAAGAAGAGAAAAAAGGAACUUUACUCCUAUCUUGUGUGUACAGGGCCAGACAGGAUUUCUGUCACUGAUUUUUAAAGUGCAUAAACACUCAGGGUAAUGCAAGUAAUAUAAUUGCGUAGGAAUUUUGUACGAGACAUCUAAUAAUACGGGCAUUUCAUUCCACAAGUUUACACAUAAAUUGAUAUAUGUACAGGUUUACAAGAUGUGGCAGAAAUCCUAUCCUUACCUACGUUUUUCUAUAUCAUUUUUUUUUAACAGGAAUAUGAUUAUACUUAUAAGUAACAAUCACAUAAGUUCACGGUGCGAUUCCAUAAUUAUUUCAAAACUCUAGCUCUGAAAGUACCUGAAAUUAAGACAAUAUUAGAUGUAAAUGCGAUCGAUCUUUAUACACUUCUAGAAGAAAAUGAAUUCACAAAAGAUCUCAUAACGUGACUCUGUAGUAUUUACAGUAUUAUUUAAAAUAUUUGAUCAUAAUUAUAAUAUCCAAGAGGCAAAUGUUUUUACAAUAUUUGUCUAACCUUUUCGGAAGUAAUCGACUCUCAUAAACAUUAAUAAGAAUAAAAGAUAACUAUUUUUAAUACAUAGUAAAUAUUCCCAAUGUUUGUAGAAUAAUUGAAGUACAUAGAAAAACUUUUUUACUGAUUGGAAAUAGUGAUGUACCAUCUAGCUACCGAUGAGCAUUACCAAAUGGUACUACAGUGGUAGGAAGCUUUACGAGGAUGCCUUAUUUAAUUAUCAUAAAUAUUUGUACAAACUUGCGAGGAAGAAUUGUGAUUUUCAAAUAAAAUUAAUUAAAUUAA